GCGGCCCCCUAGGCAGCGCCGGGGCCGGGCCGGCCGCCAGGGAUGCUGGCCGUGGGGCCCAUGGACGGCACGGCCCGGCCCAGCGCUUUCGUGCUGGGCAGCCCGCCGCUGGCCGCUCUGCACAGCAUGGCCGAGAUGAAGAGCCCGCUGUACCCCGCCACCUAUGCGCUGCCCCCAGCCUCGUCCGCCUCCUCCUCGUCCGCCUCGUCGUCCGCCUCCCCGUCGCCGCCGCUCGGCUCCCCGGGCCUCAAGGCGCCGGGCGCAGGCGGGCUGUCGGCGCUGGGCAGCCCCCCGCCGCAGCUCUCGGCCGCCACCCCGCACGGCAUCAACGACAUCCUGAGCCGGCCCUCCAUGCCCCUGGCCGGCGCCGCGCUGCCCCCCGCGCCCGCCGCCUCCUCCUCGUCCUCCUCGGCCGCCGCCGGGCUCCUGGCCGGCCUGCCCCGCUUCAGCAGCCUCAGCCCGCCUCCGCCCCCGCCCGGCCUCUACUUCAGCCCCAGCGCCGCCGCCGUGGCCGUGGGCCGCUACCCCAAGCCGCUGGCCGAGCUGCCCGGCCGGACACCCAUCUUCUGGCCCGGCGUCAUGCAGAGCCCGCCCUGGAGGGACGCGCGCCUCGCCUGCCCGGCCCAUCAAGGAUCAAUUUUGCUGGAUAAAGACGGAAAGAGGAAACAUACGAGACCCACUUUUUCUGGCCAGCAGAUUUUCGCCUUGGAAAAGACUUUUGAGCAGACGAAAUAUUUAGCGGGACCAGAGAGAGCCAGGCUAGCCUAUUCCCUGGGGAUGACAGAGAGUCAAGUCAAGGUCUGGUUCCAGAACCGACGCACCAAGUGGCGGAAGAAGCACGCGGCCGAGAUGGCCACGGCCAAGAAGAAGCAGGACUCGGAGACAGAGCGGCUGAAGGGCGCGUCGGACAACGAGGAGGAAGACGACGACUACAACAAGCCUCUCGACCCCAACUCGGACGACGAGAAGAUCACGCAGCUGCUGAAGAAGCACAAGCCGGGCAGCGGCGGCAGCCUCCUCCUGCAAGCCGCCGAGGGUGAGGGCGGCUCCUAAGGCCCGGCCCAGAGCUGUACAGAUCUAUUUUUCUAGACUCGCGGCGUGGGGACUCGGAGCCUGGGCCCCGGCUGUUGUACAUAGCGCGCCGGGGCGGGAGUGUUUUACGUGUAAAUGCUGUUCUCCCCUGAGUCCCGGGGCCGCUGUGUGCACACGGGGCCGGGCCGGGGCAGCCCCGUUCCCUCUCCCGGGACACUGACUCGCUGAACUCUGAGCCGGCUCCCCAGCCUUGGGGCCAGUUCCUCCCCUGUCCCCCGUCCCUCCUCAAGUCUCCCGAGUCACUGAAACAGGCUGCGCCGAGAUCUGCACUCGCACAGGCUCCUCCACGCUAUUUAUUCCUGCGUUUAACCUGCUGCUUCCCCCACCAGGGCGAAAGAAGACCAGAGAGCGCUUCGCGUUUGCAGCCCAACGCGCGUUAAAGCAGUUGCCGGGAGCUGUCCCACCACCCAGCUGCUGCGGGGAAUAUUCACUUAGAGGCUCUCAUUGAAUUGAAAGUGUGGUUUUGUCCGUCGCCCCCCCCCCCCCGCUUUUCUUUGGUAUCAUACAGAAUACUAGAGGCUGUACAUUGUUUUUUGGUUUGUUUAUUUGUUUUUCUUAAAGCUAAUAACGAUGAUAUAUUAGCAUCUUAGCGUUUAUUAAUUUAUAUGAAAAAUGAGAGAGAGAAAAACGUCGGUUUGUAAAGAGAGGAAAAGUCCUUUGCAGGACCAGAGACAUGUAAUGCACUUUCUGGUUUUUUUUAAAAAAAGAUCGAUCAAUUAAAACCCGUUUCAAGGCAUCUGUUGCCUCGAGUGAAGGGCACAGAUCACCUGAUCUCAUCGGAGAUUAAAUACUAAAACGGACGGUUCGGGGAGAGAGAGAGAGAAAAAAAGAGAGAGAUAAUUUCGGAGCUCUUUUGUUCGUGUUUCAGGAGCCUCUUUUUAUUAUGUAAAAUGCCCAACAGAAGUUCAAGCGGAUACAAAUAAAACGGACGGGCGCUACAUUGGCCAAAGGCAGAGCUGCUAUUUCAAGUGUAUCAUUCCCUCCCCUUCCUGAAAACGCUUUUCCUUCUGCAGCCCCUCCUGGGGGAAUUAAGGAAGUCAUCAUUUCCAUCUCCAUCCCGGAGAGGUUCAUCUCAGGCGAAUAUAGGGUGUAUUAACUUUUUAAAGCAGCCAAUCUGGAGGGUAACAUUAUGGGCACAAGAGUCUGCUUUCCAAGAAGGGAGCGGUGUCUAGCUAGGAGUCUAAAGCAAAUAGUUAGCCACAAUGCAGAAACAACGGCUGUAAAUUGGAACCCAUUAUGCCGCGGUGAUCAUUUCCAUAUCUAAACAGAGGGAAAACAAUUGCUAUUUUUGAUGGCUGAACCUCGAGCAAACAAGGGCUGACAGCUGAGUAAAGGAAUCAGCUAGGCUGAAAUUUAGAAAAAUGUUAGUGUUGUGUCAGUUCGCGCAUUAUUUUAUUUGUAAGCAAACGAAUCAACAUUUUAUUGCAGUUACAGUUAACUAACGGGCCUGAUUCUGGAUGGGCAAGAAGUGCUUGGCUGGGGAAAAGCGUUCAGAAUGGUGUCCAAAUGUAUUUAGGUUCCCGUUAAGUCUUUAAAUGUAUGUGUGUGUAUAUAUAGAAUAAGUUGAAUUUAUUUCUUUCAAGAUUUUUUCCCCAGCAUAGCUUUCACUACGGGAUAAAGUCCCAGGGUUAGAAACUCCAGUUUUAAACUGCUCCGCUGCGAAGGGCCUUGUAUUUUCAAGGUGAGGUUGGGCAAUAUUUCCAGCCUGCACGUUCACUCUCAGAAGCGUCAACCUGUUAUUCUCUUCACAUUCCCCAACCUCUUCUUUAUACCUGACUCAGUGGCACUGAGUCGUUUAUAGGGAAGCAAGUCAGAGGCUUUCUCCCCCCUUUCAGUUAUUUUAAACCACUUUUACUAGGAGAUUUAAGGAGAGUGAGAAAAAAGACUUCACCCUUGUCGCUGGGGUGUUACAUAUCAAUUUUUCCAGCUGUGAAUGUGACUUUCUCCUGGGUAGGGCUGAAGUCCAGGCUUGGUGUCAGGCAUCGAGACAGCAAGGUUGUAAGAGCAAACAAAAACAAAAGCAAAACAAAAAACCUUGUAGCCAUAUGAAAACUUCUGCUGCCCUUUAAACCCAAACACAAAUGUCUGCAACUCUUGUUUCUUUUUAUCAGUCCUGAGUGGUUUCAUUCAAUAAAACAGCUUCUUUCUCAGAUCACUA